AUGCCCCUGAGUCUGGUUCUUCGCAGUUUGGUUCCCUUCCUCGCACGGCAAAUUGAAGGUGGUCGAUCACGUCAUCUUGCAUUUUAUGCAACUUGGGUGGACAGUGUUUUCAUGGUGCAUGCGAGCAGUCUUCGAAACUAUCUUGCUCAAACCUCCCAACCUCGUAGUACCGACAGUCAACUUCGUCUUCUUGGUAUGGAAGAUGCUGAUCCCGAGAAAGUAAAGGAGUGUCUUCAAAGACCAGGCAUUCUCAUGGAACAUGGAGAGUUCAAGGCGUUCCAGGCCUCGCUAAUUCGUCUACAGACGGCUCUAGAAGGUGUCAAGAGCUCUCUCAUCAAUCGAAUGGAUGGUCUGGAUGCCACAUGGAGUUACUUAUCACAAAUUGGUAGAUUGAGUAGAGGGAAAAAGGCAUACCCUCUUCCAUUGAUGGUAUCUCCAAUUGAAACAGACGUGGAGGAAGAAGAACAGUCUUCGCCUACGGCAACGCCCAUGAUAGUAGAUUUGGAUGAACAGGAGGAGAUUGUUAAAAAGGUGAAAGGAAAUAACAAGCAGAAGCGAAAAAACAAGAGGCCGGUGACUGGUACAGCUGCACCAGUGUCCAAGAAGCGCAAGUUGGAGAGUUCAGUGGGCUGA